AUGGCUCGUGUCCGACUGCUACUUACGAGGCUUCGAGUAUCGGUGUGGGAUGUUUUCAACACAGAAGUUGUUGACCAAAGACUUAGUACAAUAAGGGGAUCUGCAGUAAUUGACUCUAACGACGGAUCAGCAAAGUUGUUGGUUUCUUUCCCAGUAGCUGGAACUAACUUAACAACCAGUACACCAUAUUGGGUGUUAGCAACUGAUUACAACAGUUACGCCUUAGUUUACUCUUGCGUUAAUGUAGACGAAGAAUCCAGAAGAGUGAGCAGCUGGAAGCUAAGUAGAACAAAGCAAUUAUCAGCCAACGCAUCAGCAGCAAUCGAUAGAAUAGUCAACAAUGUUCCAGUUCUUAACGAACAAUAUUAUCGGCCGAGCGAUCAAACAAAAGAAGGCUGUUUUUACUACCCUGAACCUCAAGCAGGAGUAGUUGUAGAGUUCCCGGGACAAUGUGAGAAUGUACAGGGCAUUCAAAACUUCAACAUGUCUUUGUUCCAAGGUGUUUGGCAUGAAAUAGAAGCAUAUCCUAAAGAACAACAGUCUGGACAAUGUAUCAGCCACAACUACACAGUAACUUCGGCUAGGACUUUGAAUCUCUUGUCCAGAAAUGUUUUUAACCAAGAACUUGGUGUAACUAACAGCACAGUAACAUUUGCUUCAAAUCAGGAAACCAAUGGAAACUUAACAAUAACCCUUAAUUCUGGCGGACAAGUGAUCACAAUACCAUUCAUCGUUUUAAGUACCGACUACCAAAAUUAUGCGUUAGCAUACAGUUGUGUUAAUUUGACGAAUGAUUUCCGAAAAGUUUUCAGCUGGAAGCUUAGCCGUAACAAGUUUUUAAGCAAUGAAUCACGAUUGGCUAUAAACAACGCUAUGGCCAACAUCACUGUAUUAGAAAACCGAUAUUAUGAGAACAUAAAUCAAACAAAUAAUGCAUGCUUUUAUUUACCAACACCGGAGCCUGGUAAACCAGUGACUUUUGAAGGACAAUGUGAUGAAAGUAUACCCGUUGUUAGUAACUUUGCAGCUGCCAGGUAUUUGGGACGUUGGCUCCUCAUAGAAUCGUACCCAACAGUAAAUCAGUUGGGUGAAUGUAAUGAUGCCAACUACACCCUAAACAGCGAUGGUACGGUAGACGUAUACAACACGGAAGUCCUUAACCAAACACUUCUUACAAUCAAUGGAACGGCUGUCGUAGCGUCCAACGAUGGCAGUGCGAAACUCAAUGUAUAUUUCCCUACUACAACUGAACCAGCUCCGUACUGGGUCCUAGACACAGAUUAUACUUCUUUCGCUUUAGUUUAUAGUUGUCGUAACAGUGGAAACAACAGUCGAACAGUAACAACUUUCAAACUCAGCCGCAACAACACUUUAAGUCCGGCGGCGAUUGCAAGAAUCGAUCAGAAAAUAAGUCAGAUUGAUGUUCUGAAUGAGCGCUACUUUAACAAAGUAAACAGGACUGAUGAGGCUUGUUUCUAUUUACCCACCCCUGGACCAGAGUCGCCAGUCUUCAGAGGUCGCUGUGAUGAAAAUAUUACUGUAGUCCAAAAUUUCAACGCUACAGCUUACCUCGGACUUUGGUAUGACAUAGCGAGUUACCCAGUGAGAUUCCAAUAUGGCACUUGCCCGACUGCUACUUACGAGGCUUCGAGUAUCGGUGUGGAUGUUUUCAACACAGAAGUUGUUGACCAAAGACUUAGUACAAUAAGGGGAUCUGCAGUAAUUGACUCUAACGACGGAUCAGCAAAGUUGUUGGUCUCUUUCCCAGUAGCUGGAACUAACUUAACAACCAGAUCACCAUAUUGGGUGUUAGCAACUGAUUACAGCAGUUACGCGUUAGUUUACUCUUGCGUUAAUGUAGACGAAGAAUCCAGAAGAGUGAGCAGCUGGAAGCUAAGCAGAAACAAGUUCUUAUCAGAAGCAUCAAUAGCUAAUAUCAACAACGUGAUAAACUCGGUACCAGUUCUUAAUGAAAUGUACUAUAAUACACGCGGACAUUCAGAUGAAAAUUGCUUCUACUAUCCUGACAAUAAUGGAGGUCCUGUAGUACAGUCUGGCCAAUGCGCAAACAAUCUGAAUAUCGUCAAUAACUUCAAUAUAAGCUCUUUUGCAGGAACGUGGUUCGAAAUAUCCCGAUUCCCAUCCGAACUGCAAAAUGGUGAAUGCGUAUAUAGUAACUUUGAGGUUAAUAACCAAAACAUAAAUAUGAGGAAGAGUAUGAUAUUCAACGAGAGAAUUGUCAACGUACUUGGAAACGCUGUCGUUUCAUCAGACGGACGCGGAAUACUAACUGUCAAUCUCACUAACGAAAAUGGAGAUCGUUUCGCAACAAGAUUCCAAGUUUUAGAUGUCGAUUACAACGAUUUCGCCUUACUGCAUAAUUGUAGGAACCUAAACUCUACACACAAACAAGUUUACAGUUGGAAGCUGAGCAGAUCUAAGUCGGGCUUGUCGCCGGCUGCUAUAACCCGUAUCAAUCAACUCGUGUCCAACACUAGCGAACUUUUCGAAGGCUAUUACGAUGUUACGGAUCAAACUUCUCGAGGCUGUUUCUACUACCCGGACUUCCCACAACCGCCUUCAUCAAUUAUACUUCCAGGGCCAUGCAAUGAAACAAUUCGGGCUAAGCCGAACUUCAAUACAACAGCUUAUCUCGGCAAAUGGUACGAAAUUGCUAGUUAUCCUCAAGCAUUCCAAUUUGGAGAAUGCGCUCGUGCUCAAUACAGUGCUGGAAAUAACGUGGUUAAUGUUUUAAAUACCCAAGUAGUUAACAGAACGUUGGACGUACAAACUGCAACCGCUGUUGUCGCUUCAAAUGACAACAGUGGACUUCUGGAAGUAACUUUUGUCUUAUCAAAUGGUGUGAGCAGUUGGAAACUCAGUCGCGAUAAAGUAUUACCAAACAAUUCCAUACCAAUCAUCGACAACAUAAUUAAGGAUACCCAGGGUCUCAGAGAGGAAUACUAUCAACCAACUAGUCAAUCUGACGAAGAUUGCUUCUAUAUUCCUGAGUUUGAUAGAACAAAAGCAGCCGUGUUUAGAGGACAGUGUCAAAAUAUUACUGGAAUGCAAGGCUUCGAUGCUCAGAGAUAUUUGGGAUGGUGGCAUGAGAUUCAAAGAUACCCAACAGAUAAUGACGCCGGAGCUUGCAUUAGCUCUAACUUUAGAGCUAAUGGUAACCAGAUCCAAGUCACAGACACAAAUAUUUUCGGUAUCUCAGCUCAAGUGGCCGUUAAUAAUGUUACAAUAAGUAACGAUGGCAGAAUCAGAAGGAUAUUAAGCAAUGGAAACAUUGAUGACGUCUGGGUAUUAACAACUGACUAUCACAACUAUUCACUAUUGUAUUCCUGUGAAAAUGUCAACGGUAGCUAUAGAAGGGUAUGGAGCGCAAAACACAGCAAGGACCGUCAGCUAACACCAGAAGCUGAAUCAGCCAUGGCAUCUAUUAUUAAUAGCACCGACACCCUAGUACAGCAGUUCUAUAUCCCUGUUAGCCAAAGUGAUGAGGCCUGCUUCCACUAUCCAGAACAGAGCGGUGAUCAGAUUAUUCUUCCCGGACAAUGUGAUCCAAAUAUACCUGUUGUGCAAAACUUUGAUGCGGCGAAAUACACCGGCACAUGGUACCAAAUAGAAAAAUACCCUCAACGGUUCGAAAAUGGUACCUGUAUCGGUGCGAGAUACACUUUAGACGAGCAAACAGGAGUAGUAGAUGUUCUUAACUGGCAAGUAGUGAAUGGUACAUUGGACACUAUCGAAGGCAAUGCCACUUUAAUUUCAACUGAUGGAAGCGCGAAGUUAAUUGUCAAUCUACCCAUACGUGGACGAAAUGAAUCAGGCACGGUGUCUAUGGAACUGUAUGUAUUGAAAACGGACUACGUUACUUAUUCUCUGGCAUACAGUUGUGUUAACAUCAACAAAUAUGAACGUGCUGUGGCCGCUUGGAAACUGAGUCGUACAAGAACAAUGACAGACCAAUCAAACUCAGAAAUCAAUGCCUACAUCAACAGUCGACAAGAACUCCACCAACCCUACUUCGAAAGGGUUGAACAAAGCGACGAUUGUGAAGAACCUAAUUCGUCAUACUUAGUCAGAAGUAGUAUUAUUUUAAUCCUAGUUUGCAGUGUUCUACGCUUUUUAUAUUAG